UUACACCGAAUGGUUCGAUAAAUUUGAUGACUCCACUUGUGUGGCGAGUCAAUGCCGCAGGUCAAGCUAUUCUGGGCCGUGAUUAUUGUCCUCUAUUGAUUUACGACAGCAUCAUGACCAGGAAAUUGUCUCUUCGGGAGUCCUUUGUCUCUGUAUAUCUUCUCCAGGUACAUAAAUACCUUGCACUCCAGCAAUAUUGGAUCCCAGCAUCGACACAGUCAAUCUUUUCACAAAAGUCGACGAUCUCUCAACCCUCACUCACUACCGCUCGCAAUAUCAAUCACGAUGAAGAUCACCGCAGUUAUCGCAACCGCAAUUCUCACGGCCACUGCCUAUGGCGCAGCCGUUGCCGACCCGCACUGCAGAUGGCCUGGUCAGCCAUGCUCCAAGGACAAGCGUGCUGCUGAGCCAGAGCCUCACUGCCGCUGGCCAGGCCAGCCAUGCUCUCGCUCUGCGGAUCCCGAACCACAUUGCCGCUGGCCAGGACAGCCUUGCUCCAAGAAGAGGGAGGCUAUCCCAGAACCAAACCCAACCUGCCUUUUCGUAGGCCAAUCAUGCUCCGUCGCCAAACGCGAGGCUGAGGCUUUCGCCGCUGCCCAACCCGACCUCCACGAGCUUGAUGCUCGCUCUUGCGGCAUGCCCGGCCAGCCCUGCGACCGUCUCAAGCGCGCGGCUCUCGCCGCUGCAGAGGCUCUCGCCGAUGCCAACCCCAAUGCUGAUGCUGACAACUCCGUCGAGGCCCGUCACUGCUUGUUCUCCUCUCACACUUGCUACAAGGCCCGCCGCUCUGCUGAUGCCUUCGCCGAGGCAAUUGCUAAGGCUCUCGCUGAGGCUUCUCCAAGCGCCGAGGCAUUUGCUGCGGCAUGCACCUUUGGCGACUCCGUCUGCAGCAAGAUCAAGCGCUGGGCCGACCCCGAACCCCACUGCCGCUGGCCAGGACAGCCUUGCUCCAAGGAGAAGCGUGAGGUCAUUGAGCGUGAGGCCAUCGAGGGUGCCGCUCUUGACCUUAGCAGGCGCCACUGCCGCUGGCCCGGUCAGCCCUGCUCUUAAAUCACUCGUCGUACUUGACCGGUGGAGUGCAGUAGGGGUUGUUGCCGCGUCUUAUUUUUCGUGUCUUGUCUUCACUUCGACUAUAGUUCUCAAGCACCCGGAACACCGACCAUAAAACUCUUAUCCCGGAUACUGCUUGUUUUCUUUCUCGAGUCCAUUUUUCCAGAAUUCCUACACAGAUAUUCUUAUGGAGCUCAGAAAAUCGAGCCCUUUCUUGGACUGGCCCUUGGAUUCGGCCGGCUCUCACACAUCACGAAGCAUAUAUCUAACCACUUUUCGGGCUCUUUAGAGUUUAAAGGUUAGAAUAUAUACAUUUGGGACGGGUGUUAUAGGCUAGGCCUUUUGUACAUACAUAAGAAGUAGUUAAAUUUUAUAUUUAUGGGGCUGAACAUUACUCAGUAAUUGAAUUGUGG